AUGGCCCAACAGCCUCUUUCCUCGUCGGUGCAGCCUACCGACAUCUACGGAGGAGAUGAGGUCUCAGCGCUUGUCCUCGACCCCGGCUACUGCAACACCCGAGCAGGUUUCGCCGGCGAAGAUGUUCCCAAGUCAAUCCUCCCCUCUUUCUAUGGCCACAUCACCAGCGAGCCGUCUCGCGACCUCUUCGGUGACGAGUGCUUGAUCCCCCGUUCCGACUACGAGGUCCGCAACUACAUGAACCGAGACAGCGUGGUGGAAGACUGGGAUGUCGCGUCUAGAAUCUGGGAGAACAUGCUGGUGAAGCGACUGCAGCCUGAGCGUCAGACACCACCCUCUAAGAACGGAUUGAACGACGACCCCAAGGACCAGGACCAAGAUGUCGAGGGAGACGUCGCCAUGGACGAUGCGGCCGAGGCAGCUGAGAAGCCCCUCCAGGAGAGUCCCCUUCUAAUGACGGAGGCACCAUGGAACACCCCCAAGUCGCGAGAGAAGGCAAUUGAGAUCAUCAUGGAGAACUGGGGAUGCCCUGCCUUCUGGAUUAGCCGCACACCUGUGUUGGCCGCUUUCGCAGCUGGCAAGGCUACUUCCUUGGUCAUCGAUGUUGGUGGUGCCAACACCUCAGUAACGGCGAUCCACGAUGGCAUGGUGCUUAAGCGAUCCAUCCAGAAGUCUCCCGUUGGUGGCCUGUGGCUGUCGUCUCAGAUUCGGAGCCUGUGGGACUCUUCGGAGCCCAAGGUCGAUCUGACACCCACAUUCAUGAUCGAGAACAAGACGCCCGUUGACGCACUGGCAUCUCCCCAAGUUCGCCUGCGCCACUUCCCCUUCCAGAUCAACGACUCCUUCCGCGCUUACGAGGAGGAGCGUGUUCUGACCGAGUUCAAGGAGUCCGUCGUCGAGGUGUGGCGCGGCCCUGGCCGAUACAGUGUUCCUGGAAACGAGGAGUACGUUAAGACGCAGCCGGGCCGAGUGUUUGAGAUGCCCGACGGCUACAACCAGAUGUGGCGCGAACAGCGGUUCCGAGUGACCGAGGGCAUGUGGGAUGAGACUGCUGGAUAUUCCCUCCCCGAGCCGGACCGUCUCACCAAGGCCCAGACCAUCCCUGAGCUGAUCCGCUCUGCUCUCAACGCUGUGGAUGUGGAUCUGCGCGGCAACCUGCUUGCCAACGUUGUCGUCACUGGCAGCACCAGCUUGAUCAACGGCUUCAACGACCGCCUCAAUAACGAGUUGACGACCAUGUACCCUGGCCUCAAGAUCAAGAUUCACUCCGCGGGCCUGACGAGCGAGCGACGCUUCGGUGCCUGGAUCGGCGGCAGUAUCCUCGCCAGCUUGGGUACAUUCCACCAGAUGUGGAUCUCGCGCAAGGAGUACGAGGAGAACGGACCCAACGUGGUCGAGAAGCGGUGCAAGUAA